GUGAAAUACUAUCUAAAUAAUCAUGUUUGCUGUAAAAGUUAUUGCUUUAUUGGCUUUGGCAUUUGUUGCCUCCGCUUCUGACCUCGACAAAGGUUUGGCCAUCAUGGCUUGUGCCAAAAGAGCCAUCAGCGGUGGGGUUCCUGAAUUGGGAGUUCCAUCCCAUGAUCCUUAUGUUGAGCUUAAAACUGUCUUUAAUUGGGCGGGACAAAUUGGUGUCGUUGAUGCCAAAAUUGGAAUCCACAACAUGACCUGGGCUGGUCUUGCCACCUGGAAAUUGUCGGCAAGUCAAAAAAGCUACGACACUGACACCGAUGCUGUCUUUGAUUUCGAACUCUACUGGAAACUUAUGGAACUCGCAGGAAAAUACGAAGCCGAAGAACAUGAACUUUUCUUCCACCAAGAACAACACGGAACAUUCUCUGCUAAGUUAGAAGAAUCAGCGUGGAAGGGUCAAAUCAACUUAACCAAACCAAACGAACACAGCAACGGUACUGUCAACAACGUUAAAAUCGACUGGGAGGUUGAAGAUGUAGAUGUAAAAAUUACUGGAUUGGGCAUUGCUGGCAAAGCAGUAACAAAGUCCAUUGAAGUCGCCGUUAAAAACGCUUUAAACCUUAAAUUGAUUAAAAACAAAGUUGGAGAAUUCAUUAAAAUGCGACUUGAGACCAUAUGGUGGAACACUGGAAAAGUGUGGGAUCUCGUUCAAUGGUGCGAAGACAACCCAGCUAAAUCUACCUUUAAUUGAAGUUUGAUAUGAUUAGAAUAGAAAACUAAAUUCCACUGUAGUGUUUUAUAAAUAUACCAAUAUUUUUAUUUU